AUGAGCUUUCUUUACAGCCAGCUUAUCAAAUCCCUGCCGUACCCUUCGGGCUCGUAUGCCGGCAAGACCAUUGUCAUCACCGGCAGCAAUGUCGGCCUCGGCAAGGAGGCCGCAAGGCACUUCACCCGUCUCGGCGCUAGCAAACUGAUCCUCGCCGUUCGAAGCCUCGACAAGGGGCGCGAGGCCAAAGAGGACAUUGAAGCCACCACCAACUGCGCCAAAGACAUCAUCGAGGUCUGGGAGCUCGACAUGUCCAAGUAUGCCAGCGUGCAAAAAUUCGCUUCUCGCUUGAGGACAGGACUGGAACGUGUCGACAUCUUCAUUGCCAACGCGGGUGUUGUUCAUGUCGAGUUCAAGCAGAUGGAAGAGGACGAAGGCACAAUCACCGUCAACGUUGUCUCCACAUUUCUUCUGAUGGCCCUUGUCUUGCCCAAGAUGAAGGAGACGGCAGCCAAGUUCAAGGUCCGACCCACUUUCACAAUCACAUCAUCAGAGGUGCACGGCUGGACGACAUUCGAAGAGCGUAACGCACCCGACGGCAAGAUCUUCAACACCAUUAAUGAAGUAGCCUCGAAGUCAUCGGAAAAUGUGGAUAAGCUUUACCCGCUUUCCAAGCUGCUGGAGGUGCUUGGUGUGAGGACCUUCGCCGAACUGCACCCUGCUUCUGAGUACCCUGUCACAGUCAACACGGUCAACCCGGGCUUCUGUCAUUCUGAGUUGGCCCGCGAUCUAAAGGAUAGGUGGAGUAUGUGGCUCAUGAAGCUUUUGCUGGCCCGGACAACGGAGUAUGGUAGCCGGAACCUGGUGUAUGCCGGAUCUGCUGGCGCUGAGUCUCACGGCCACUAUGUUUCUGACUGCGCUGUCGCGAAACCGUCGCCAUUUGUGAGAAGUAAAGAAGGAAAGGAGGCACAGGACAGAGUGUGGGUUGAACUUAAGCAAAAGUUGGAGGCAAUCCAGCCGGGUGUCACGAGUAAGAUGUGA